AUGCCUCCCUCGCCUCGCACUCCGCGGCACUCCAGGAACUCGUCGGCGCUGGACAGCUUCCAAGAUUCUCCGCAUGCACGAAGGCAGUCCAAGACGUCGCUGCACGACUCGGUUUCUGCGCCCUUCAUCAGCAACCUGAACCACCAAGACGCGCUAGACCUCAGCAUGCUUGCGAGUGGCGGAGCUGGCUCUGGGGAGUGCAUGGGCAAUCUGGCGGAUGAACUUGCCGAUGCCUUCUCCGAGUCGGGAGAGGAGGAAAACGACGAGUACCAGGACGGGGACUUUGCACUGACUGACUCCCGAGCCCCGCACACGCAGCGGGUGGCGAUCGAGGCCACCAGGGACAAUGGAGUGGAUGUCUAUGGCGAGCCCAUGAGCGAAGACAUCCGUGCAGCAGAAGGCGGCCUCAGUAUACCUGCUCUGCCGAAACGGGGGCACCAGAGAAAGGGGAGCGAGUACGACGGUAGCGAAUACGGCUCGGAGUCCGACCUCGACUCUGCUGGGAUGCCGCCAACUCUCGUUGCCAAGAUUGAUGCCAUCGAGUCUCUGGCCAGGCGAGGGACGGAGAACUACGGCGGCCCGGCCGACGACGUAGUCAAGAGAGUGACGGACGGACUACGAGAUCUAGGAUCCCAGUCGACAGUGGAGGGAAGCGCCUCGAGGUUGAUAACGGCACACUCAGCGCUUACGACGCACCUUGCACACCAGACGCGGCAGCUCCACAGCUUGACGUUUCCCUUGCUGUCGCCGCUUGCAACCCCCCCUGAUGCCGAGGCCAUUGAAAGUCUGCUGCCGCUGCUCGUGGCUCUAUCAGACGAUAUGCCCCGGCCGUCAACAUCAGCCUUCAACUCGUUGACGGCAUUGCACUCCAUCACCUCGGAGCUGAUACAGACACUGAGCUACCUCUCAGACACCCUCCACAUGUCUCGUCAGACGACUGCUACGGCAUCACGGAGGCUGAAGAGCGCACGGGAGCUGGUUUCGGAGAUGAGGCGCGAGGAGGAGCUGCGCGAGGAGGGUGAGAUGUGGUUGACGCGCGGAAACUGGGGAGAGCGGUUGCAGAAGAGGGAGUGUGCUGGAGUGUGCGGUGACGUCAUCGGCGGUUUUGAGGACGUCUGCAAUGGAUGGCGUCAGCGGCUGCUUGCGCGGGCCGAAUCGCAGGCGUGA